CUGCACAGAACCGAGAAAGAAGUCAACAUGGUGCUCUCUGCGGCUGAUAAGACUAAUGUGAAGGCUGUCUGGGAUAAGGUGGGAGGCUCCGCCGGUGCCUUCUCCACCGAAGCCCUGGAGAGGACCUUCUGCUCUUUCCCCACCACCAAGACCUACUUCCACCACUUCGACCUGUCCCACGGCUCUGCCCAAGUCAAGGCUCAUGGCGAGAAAAUAGGCAAUGCUCUGACCCAGGCUGUUGGCCACAUGGAUGAUCUGCCCGGAAUCCUGUCCAAACUUAGUGACCUGCACGCCCACAAGCUGAGGGUGGAUCCUGUCAACUUUAAGCUCCUGAGUCACUGCCUGCUCGUGACAUUGGCCAGUCACUUCGGCAAGGAAUUCUCUCCCGAGAAGCAUGCCUCCUUGGAUAAGUUCCUUUCCUCUGUGUCUACCGUGCUGACCUCGAAGUAUCGUUAAGUCUGUGUCGAAGACCAGGGAUUUCCCCCACCUCCACCGCUGGCCACCACCAUCCAGGCUGCGGGUCCCUCGGUGUCCCCAACUCCUCCUAUUCCGCAAUGGCAGAUAGAAGUCUUCGAAUAAAGUCUGAGUCUGCCACA